UAUCUCUGUGUGAGUGAAGUGCGCGCUGUGCGGCCGUCCGAGCAGGCCUUGGUGGUGGUGGUGGCUACGGUUGUAUUCUUUUCCGUUCGAUUCCCCCUACGGCAACUCCGUUUGCAACCGCGGUCGCACACACGCAGAAAGGGACAAGGCGCGCCGACGCCGCUAGCAGACGCCGGCGCCUCCGAUCACGACCUGGGACCGUACAAUCGGGAAUUAGCCGAGAAACGACCACCGAGAUGACCAUGGAGAGCAUCGAAGUUGAUCGUUCUCUCUACGACAUCGGGGACUCGGACCUCAAGGAGCUGUGGGCCCAGGAGUCCUUCGAAUCGCCGAUGGUCGACAUGAGCUCCGAGUCUGACUGGUCGACCAUACUGGACAAUCCUAUCAUCCUGCACGACCGCAUGAUGUCGGACGCCGUCCAGUCUCCACGCAUACAGUCCGAACACUCAUACUCCAUGACGUCCAGUGACGAAGGUCCGGACUCGCCACUCUCCAUUACGCCGCACAUCAAAAUCGAAGACAUGGACUCCGAGUGCUUUCCGGCAGUCCCCGUGUCCACAGUCACCGGCCAGUCCGACUUGGCCACCGCGGGAGGUGUGGUUGUCAAGCAGGAGCCCAUGAGUCCACCGCCUGCACCCCCUUCGAGUCCACCUCCUCCGAGUUCAUCGUCACUCCACAAGUCGUCCUCACGCCUGCUGUCCUCGGCGUUGGCAGCGGCGCCCCUCAUGUCCAACUCGUUGCAUGCCUCGCUGGCGUGUGUCGCCUCGGCAGCGGCGACGGCCACGACGGCCACACAUCUUCACCAGCACCAGCAGCAACAACAACAGCAACAGAGCCUGCUCAAGCAGCCCACCAUCGUGUUGGCCACUGCACGGCACGAGCGCCACAUGGUGUACCCAAAGGUCAAGCUGGAACCACCUUCCGGCUUCAUGCUCCCGCCUACGCCGCCGUCUAGCCACAGCAGUGACUCGGACGGAAGCCUGUCCCCGGUACACAGCACAGACAACCGCUCACCCACUAGUUUCACAGUGGCGGCUGGAGGAGCCAGUUCUGACGCCACGACACCGUCAUCUCAGGGCACGUCAUCGGGCCAUGGCCCGACCCACCUCGCCACGUCCUCAUCGUCCUCUAUGAGCCGCCGCAGCCAGUCACAUUCGCGCGUGGCCGUGACGUCAUCGUCAUCUUCGUCAUCGUCCUCCCCCCCGUCAUCUUCGUCGCGCAGCUCAGCGAGCGGCGGAAGUCAGCUCAUUAGCAACCAGGCAAAGGGUGCCACGGGAGUUUUAAUGUUGACAGACGAGGAGAAGAGGACUCUGCUGGCAGAAGGCUAUCCCAUUCCCCAGAGAUUACCUCUCACAAAGGCAGAAGAGCGCUCGCUCAAGAAGAUACGACGAAAAAUAAAAAACAAGAUAUCUGCUCAAGAAAGUCGAAGAAAGAAGAAAGAGUACAUGGACUCUUUAGAAAAGAGGGUGGAGACGUUAUUAAGUGAGAACCAAGAGUACAAGAAAAAAGUUGAUGUCUUAGAGAGUAGCAACAGGUCGUUGCUGUCACAGCUACACCGGCUCCAGUUAUUACUUGGGAACCAGACAGCGAAGUCAGAGAACCGAUCGGCAGCAUCCCGGUCAUCGACAGUUCAAAUGGAUUUCGAGACCGACGACGAGCCGGUGGACAUAAUUUAACUCUCACAGUCACCCCCAGUCGUCAGCUUUGUUCUCCACCGUGAGCCACUGGAAUCCAAGCCAAGCCGUUGGGAAAGUGUGACACACAUUCCUGAUUGAUGUUUUUGGACACUACGUCUGCGUGUUCUCUUUUUUCACGGCCUUGUUGCUGGAACCAGUGGUAACGUACCAAGUGCCUUUCUUCGGAGAAGAGCCUUCCUACGCCGGCUACAAGUUGCGUAGGGACUGUUUGUUUUACAUCUACACAUCGCUCGGGUUUGUUUCUUUGUUUAUUCAACAUGUUUUAUUUUUCUGUGUACAUUUUUCUCCAAUCUUUUUAUUUUCUUCGGUGUCUUAACACUUCUACGGAAGCCAAAAUCUCUCUGAUCUGGCUGCGCUCGUUCCAAGUACAGAGCUUUUGUCCGCUGCCGACACACGUGCGUGCUUUACAGCAGACAGCAUGCAUGGGCACGUCGGCCGACAAAGUGUACAAAGUGCGAGCAGACGAUGUUCACCGCAUGUUACCAGACGACACCACUCGCGGAACCGGUUCUGCUUACAGUAGCAGACAAAAAGGGGGAAAAAACCCCAGGCAGUGCCAAAACAAAGAUGAGAACAGAGCAGCGAGCUUUUUUUUGUGUCACACUGUCUCGCUAUCAGUUACGUUUUUUUUUUUUUUUUUAGUGUUUCCUCUAGUUACCAACUUCUUUCUUCGGUGCUCAAGCAACACCUAUGUCUGGAGGAAACUUAUCUGUGAACGUUGGUUGAAAAUGUUGUCUGGUGAGGUUACACAACUGGCAUGUUUGAUUUUUUUUUUUCUCUCGCAAAGCCGUCGCCUUGAUGGCAACAUUUCGAGGAAUGCAUUCCUUUUUGUUUUUACUUCACGCGUGACACCCUCGCAUCAAUGCAAAAGUGUCGAUCAUUUUUGAUAUACAUUGUUUUUCUUUGUAAAUAGCUGCAUAUGCACUCAUUGUUGCUAAGAACGCUUCAACUACAGACGACCACCAAAGUUAUCACCGGCGUUCACUUGCAAGAUGAUUGACGCCCCUUCCUGCAAAUGUGCCUUUUUUUCUCAUUUUUUUUCCUUGUACCUAGAUUGUCAUUGCAAGUAUUUUAAGUUCUUUAUUAUGUUCUGUGCAAUAGCUCGUUGAGCUACUAAGACAUUCUAGAUAUUAUCGGGGCCUCUUAUUUUGGAGAUUUCAUGUUGACCUUCUGGCAUUAUGUGUUAUACUGCAAGUUCUUCCCUUUCUUAUGUCAGUGACCAUAAAUAUCCAGCUUUUUUGUUGAUGUUCAGGAUUUGUUGGGGUUUGGGAACACUUUUUCUUCUCUCACAUUGUGACUUGACUGCUUUCUGUCCUCAUUCAUUAAGACGAUUGUUGAUUUCUUGAAGCUCACAUUCCUAACUUUAAGAUUUUUUUUAAUGUGUGUCGAAAACGUAUGGGAGUCCCCAUUCUGUACUCUAAAGAUGGCUGACUCCGGAAAAGCUAGUUCAGUCAAAUUUAUUUUUUCUAAGACAAACUCAUCGAAGAAAACAAAUUGCCAGAGUAGCUCAACAACGAAAUCCUCAUUUCACACGUGUUUCCCCCCAGUUGAAAAACCCGUGCAGUAUACGGGCAAAUGCAUUUGUGCUCACGUCUUUCCAUCGGUUGUGGAAAUUUGAUAUUGGACUUUGACGAUGGUCUCCAUAAAAAUGCGUUUCUCGAAACAAAAAAAAAAAUUGCUUCUGCUAGCUUCGGCCAAGUCGCUCGUUCUGGACCUGUGUGACUAUGGUGUCCGGGCUAUGGUGUUUUAUCGAGAUAUAGUCGCUCGUAACCUAAGAAAAAACACAAGCUCCACCCCUAGAACUCCACCUCCUAAAGGCCCCAAGAGCUCAGAUGAGCCAGAGAUAAUAGUAAUAUAUGGGGUCUAAUGUUCCAAAACCAUGACAUUAUUAUAAGGAACGCCGUAGUGGAGAGCUUCGGAAAUUUCGGUGAUGAGGUGUCCUUUAAUGUGCACUGACGUCGCAAGGCACACGAGCCUCUGGCAUUUUGUCUUUAUCAAAAUGGAACAACCAUGGCUGGCAUCGAACCCUCGACCUUCGAUUUAGUGAGGCACCCUAGCUGCUGCACCACCGUGGUGGCAUCCGCGCGAGAAGGUCUGACUUGGUUGUUUUCGUACUAAGCAUCAGUACUUUUUUUGCUGUUAAUGCAAACACUGCGCGUGUUGCGAAACUGAAGCUCGUCGUCUCUUAUUAAAGCUUUGCUUUUGGCUUGGCACUGAAGUGAAAUUUCUGGUAAAAUUUGCCAGGGAGUUGAAUUUUCUAUGGAAAGCUACUGACACCAUAUCUGCAUCAAGCGAGAGGAGCAAGACGUGAGGCAAAUAGUGAAUUGCUGUUUCAUUGGGCAUUUAUUCUUAGUUGCCCUAGGCGGGAGAGCGAGGGCUGUUGGCGGAGCUUAGAUUUACUUUUAGUUGGCCAUUUAAGGCGCGAGAGGCACUUGAAGUCGGGAAAGACAAGCAGUUGCCGGAUUGAGAAGUUAUGAAAAUUUCCUCUGGGUGGAACAGAGACGGCUGAUGGCAGAGCUUAGAUUUAUUCUUAGGUUGCAAUUAAGUGUAGUGACGCUUCUUUUUUUUUUUUCGUGAACUUGCCUAUCUAUACAGACUUUUUUUUUCACGUUCACGUGUGAUGACGAUAAGGUUUGCUGAUGACAGCACCUUCUGCCAUGAUAUGCUGCAGCACUUUUCAUGAGAAUCAAGUGUGGAACAGAAUACUUUUUUUCGACUAGUCCAUAGCGCACAAAAAGAGAACCAUUAUCAAAUAUCGUUUAUAUCACACACACAUGUCUCAAUUCUUUUACCUUGUUUUUUCUGUUUCUUUAUGUUCAUAUAUUCAUUUAAUUGUGCAUUAAUAUACGGUGGCAUGUUGCAAUAGAUGAAAUCGUGUUGACUUUUCUCAGUGGAAGCGUGUGUGCGUGACAAAGAUCAUUUCGACGUGGGCUCACAUUUAUUUUGUGUUUGUUGCGUGGCAUUCACACCUUCUUCUCGUACGAUUCUCUCUCGACCCUUUUUGCGAGAUUUCUUUAGUCACGAAAGGGUAGGCGUGAACUUUUUUUGAGCUGCGCAUGCGCCAUAUCGUGUGCAAGAUCUUGAAGGCAACGAGUAACGCUGACGUCAGCCAGCGGCUUCCAUCUGACCAUUUGUGUUCAUAACACCAACAUGAAGCAUGCAGUGUUGUCACAAUGUUGACGCCACUUUCUCAAUGCUGCAGCAACGUUGUGUCAACAUUUGGAGCUACUAUGCAUGGUUACGUUGUGCAUUGAUGGCGGAGUUGAUCGUUCCAGCACUUCGAAAUAUAUCCAAGAGGCAUCUAUGAGAUUUCGAUGCGCCUGAGAAUAUGAAUUCCACCGGGAAAAUCUCAACUACUCAUACAAAACGUGUCCGGCGAGGUAGGGCUUCGCGAUGUGGCAUCGUGCUCAACAUUAUGAAUAAAAUGCCUAGACGUCUGAAAAAAAAAAAACCAAAAAUGUUAGUGUAGUGUAGUGUAUUCACAACUGUGUAUUUAAAAAAAAGACUGGCAGCUAUUUAACGAUCGUGCAUAAGUCUUCACAUAUUGCAGUCAGUGUAAUAAUGGGCUGCUCACAAAUAAUUUAUUGUCAUCGAGCGAGGAGCAUUGUAACAUCGGUCUUCACUCCGUUAGCGUUGCUUGUUGCCUUCAUUGUAAUGAUGUUGUUUGUAGAUUUUUUUUCAAUUACGGGCAAAUCGUAUUUUUUGUUAGAGUGACUGCGAUGUUUAUAGUUUGCGAAUCACUCCUGAAUGGGAGCUUCACAGUUAUAUUUGUUUAUGAGUGACGCCGGCCACCCAGAAUUUCUUUCAUAGUCGCUAUCUUUCGUACGUUCCACUGAGGUAUGCAUCAUUAUUUCUGAAAUUUAACAAUCACGUGCCCACUGCCGAUUUCGAAACUAUGUCUGCUUUUUUGUCGGUUGCUGACUAUGGGUUGAAUCACAUUCGGGAAACUGUUAUAUGUUCCAAUACUGAAGUACUUAUUCAUUCAAGAGGUGAGAUCAGAAUGUAAGAUUAGCUUGAAAAAUGUGCACGUGCUGUAUAGAGGGAAUUUUUUAUGGAAGUGCCAGUACAUAUGUAACAUCUUACUUGAAGUACGAUUCUUACGAAAGUUCUUCGAAAUUCACAUACUACAUGAUUGUCCUCAUUUAUUUAGCAUGGUGUUAAAAUCUUGACACUAUAAAAAACUCUAGUGAUGAGCUGAACAUGAACCUAGCGAAGUAGUUGUUUCCGUUGUCGUGUUAGCCUGCAGAACUUCAGAAAUUGUUGAAAACAUUUCCUGUCCACUUAUGGCAAACAUGCUGUUCAAAGCAUCAAAAGCUCAUUGAUAAAGUAUGUGAAGUGUCCCCUUGUUAUUGGAAAGCAUUGCGUUAUCAUGAAAUACCACUUCACCGAAGGUUCACAAAAAAAGGUUGUUUGUUUCAAUGUAGUUCUCACAUUUGUUUUCAAAAUAGCUCCAUUGAUGUUAUUAUUUUUUUAUUGACUAGUCGUGGCAAUGGAUGCAUCUUCCCAAAUUUUUCCAAACGUAUUGUACUACCUAUUUCUCGUUGAGAGUGGCAGCGCAAGAAAAAUUUAUAUUUAGCGAGGUUUUUUGAGCCUUUAUUUUCUUCACAGCUCUUUUUUGUAAAAUUUAAGGAUUUGAUCCAAGCCAAGACCUGCAUAUUUCCGUUUAUCACAUUCAGUGCAUACUGGUUUCCUGAUUUCUCUCCAUUUGUUGCGAACGCAUUGAGGUUCGAUUGCAACGACUUCACUUACCUCACUGUUCUAUAAAGGCCCAGUGCGUGUCUGUCGUUCACACCUUUUAUUUGCUCAUCAAGUCUGGCGUCGCGUGCAUUUAUGUGAUAAACAAUAACCCCUUCACAGCCUUUAGUUAUCGAAUGUCCAUUCACAAGUUUCAAUUGUACAAAUCGCGUUGAUAUGUGGAUGAUAAUGUGCUGGGAUUCCGAUCCGACGGUAUACUUUGUAAACCUCAUGAGAAUUGUGAAGUUCAGUGAUCGGCGCUUUUUCAAUGUUCCUAUUUGCACUUCUUUCAAGUGUUCUUUAAAAAAUUUAGCAGCUGGCAACGUUUCGCAUCGUUCACAAUCGCCACAUUGUGGUUACUGCAUCAAUACGACAAGGAUGCUGUUUGGGCUAGUUGUUCACUACGAAUCUGAACCUACAGAAUGGCAUUUAAAUAAAGUUAAUGCAAGGGAAGAGUUGCAAUCUUAUUUAAAUCUUCUGUCAUCAGUAUUGACACAACCUGUGAUCGGAGAGCACGGUUAUGAAACUUCGGUCGAAACCUCUAGAGAAACCUAUAUAUUCAAAAAACGAGGCUUUUUUUUUUCAUAUAUAUUAUGGUUUCACUCUAAAAAACGAGCCCAUAAGACUUGCUAGUCUUGAAAAUGAAAUUAUUGCUAGAUGCUUUCCUCCACGUCAUUUUGAAAUAGGUGACAUUUUUUUUUUUCAGUAUGUACAACCACUUUCUCUCUCUCUCAAUGGUAAUUGCUCACUUUUACAAGUUUCAUAACACUGGUUUUUGUUACGGACUGGCUGACUUUGAAUGAUGCAAUGAUGUCACCAUAUUUUGAACCACAGUUAAUAGCAACGUUCAUGGUAUCGACGCACUUUUUUAUGCUGUUUUUAUUUUAGCUGACAUGUGCAAUCUUUUCAUUUUUUCCGGGAUUUUGUGCAAAUCGUGCAUUUGAUGCAUGCAUUACUCGGUGGAAUACGCCAUUCCCGCAUCAAAAGAAGUGUCUUUCACACUUUCAGAACUUAAAAAAAUGGAUGAAAACGGGUGUAGAUUGUGGAGUAAACUACGAAGCUUUGCGAUUUUAAAAACCAUCAGGCAACAUGUCCUUGGCACAAAGGAACAAAUGGUGACACCUUAGGGUCGCGGUUUUUGUGCAGUCACAUUUGUUGUCCAGAAUGAACUGUCAUCUCUGUUAAACCUUGUAAGUAGUCAUCUUUCGUCACCUUGAAAAAACUUAAAAAGUUUCCAAAGUAGAAAGUCUUGUUUCAAAUCAUGAUAUUAGUUCGCUAAAGCACUUUCAUGGAAAAUUCUUCCGUGCUAUCGCGAAGUUGGCACUGUUUCUUGGUACCGGAAGUGUCAUUUUUAAGAAUAAGUAUAUCUUUUGUGAGAAUAUAUUACCGCUUUUUUUGCUAUGCUAAUAAAAGUGCGCAAGAAUGGGCCAUAGUCCACAGCAUUGUUUAUAUUGUUACAUGUAAGAAGCACUUCUCCCAGUCGUGAGCUGUCAGUCAGUGUGAGAACUAAAGCUUAUACUUUUAGAGCUUACUCUAAGUUCACAUAAUGUAGGCUUUCUGACAUCAGAGUUUGCACACUCUGCAAACUUGAAAAGCCAACACUUGAAGGGCGUAAGCUUAGAGAGCUUAUGCUCUUUUAAGAAUCAUGAACUCAUACGUAGACCUACCAGAUAAUAACCUUUAAAAGAGUAGACAUUAAGUUAUUCAAUUCUCUGUCAUAAUCGCAGAUUUGUUAGAGGAAGUUCAGUUGAAUCUCACUUCCUUUUAUUUCUUUCACAAUUUUGCUGUUUGCUGAUUUUCUUUUUAAAAUGGGUGGCCAAUGCAUGUGACACUAUUACGCUGAGAGAAAGAAGUGACAUGUUAUCCUAAAUUGACAAAGUUUAAAUGCAGUGGAAGAUUACCCACACUUGUCAAUGUAGUCUGCUCGACAACUUCAUGCCGGUGCACUUUAGCAUAAACGACAUCCAAACGAGUCUGGCAUGCUCAAAUUAGCAUAACUUCAGACGCUAUUCAGUAAACAAUGAAUCAAAGCACAACUUGCCUUAUGGACAACAUUGCUAUAGGUACAUUUGAUAUAGUGUGUCUCAGUGGUGAUGACUAUGAUGAAAUGCCUUGACAGUGGCUUUGCGCUACACCAGUGCAUCGAAGAACAAUCCAGAUAGCUAGCUCUUUGCGUUUCCCUUGUAUCGUCUCAUGGGCGCGAUUAUCAUUUGAUCUUUAUCGGGAGACAGCCCACGGACGUUGUAGAAAUUUUCAAAACAUCUUCAAAGUUUUUAUUAUUCAUUUAAAUUCUCUGCCCUGUUGCAUCUAACAUAUCUAUAGCUGGCACAACGUAACAACUGUGGCUUUUUCAAUGUAAACCGAAUGUGACCGCCAUACUAAGAUAUGCACUUGGUUAUAAAGGCACGUAAAUGCCGCACCUGAGCUCAUGUUAUACUCCUCUCUGAAUAGAUAUAUAUAUAUUUAUUAUCGCUAUUGCGAUAUGAGGUCAGUGUACUUACGUCUUUUGCACUACAAUGCAGUCUUCAUGGUCUGACGGUAGUACAUUUGAAACGAUAGCAUUUACAAACUUUAUCAUCCUCUUGAUCUCGAUGGUGCCUUGGUGACCUCGCAUGCAGGAAAAAAAGGACAGAGGAAAAUUAUAAGCCCGCAUAUUUUUUGUGGAUCAUUUAGACGGGGCAUUUUAGACACAGCUGGAAAUUUCUGUGCAAGUUUUCUUUUUAUAUCGUCCAUCCCCGGAUCUACUCUGAACGAAAUUGUCUCCACGUCGCAUUUUAUCUGACAGCUUUGGCUUAGUGAUUCUUCAUCUGUUUCGUGUAUGACUAUUAUGAACAUCUUGAAACUUCCCUACUCGGAGUUUCUCAAAUGAUUGAAAUAGAAAUAGCGUUUGUUUUAAAACUCGCGCAAGAACUUCGAACGCAUGUUGCCAUUCUGCAUGCCAGCCCCCUUUGAGAGCUAAGAGUGUUCUGGCUACACCUCUCUAUGAGAGUUAAGUGUUCGCUUCCUGUUUGACUCCCUUUCGCUGCAACUUCCGUACUUUUCCUGUUGGUCGGCGUUCACUUUGCACAUGCUCAAACACACCGUUUCAAAGGUUAUGGAAGUGGUUCAGUAUUUUGGAUCAUUUCUUGUCGUCAUCUGUGAACUCUGUGGUGAUGCAAUGGUAUGUCAUGCCUGAUUUUUGCUGGGGUAAUGAAUGUUGUUUGCUGCAGGGCCGAGAGGUGUUCUUAUCAUGAUGAGUCGGCAGCACAGUUUUUUGUUGUUAGAGUGCGUUAUCUACCUCCAACGUUAGGCUUGCAGUUAACCAUUUGCCCUUAGUUACCAGGUUACAGGUUCUGCUAACGAGCAGCGCAGAUAAUUGUAGACUAAUAGGACAAGCCUUCAAAGGGUUACUGCAAUGAAGUUUGGGUUGGCUAAUUCUAUUGUGUAUUAGCAGCAUAUGCUACCGAAAGCAAUCUUUUCAGGAAAGAAAACUAGUUCGGAAACAAACUUUGUAUUAGGAAACGUAUGCCCAAGAUUUUGACUUAUCCGUCACUUCAGGCGUGCUAUUCUCGAGCUCCUUCCUAGAACUCUGGUAUUUAUUCAUUUGUGCUUUCCGCGAGGCUUCUUGUACUGAAUCAACAAAUAUUUCGACCGCAAGCUUGGCACUGACGUUGCCUACAUCGACGCUGUCAAAGGCUACAUCGGCUUUGUAAAUUGCAGGACUCCGUCGUCAUCCAGGGUUCACCAUCUUGUCAGCUUUCAUCAGCCGCUUUGCUACCCUGUACUAAGGGAAGGGGAAACAAGGAUGAGAAGGAAAGAAUGCAGUCAGACAGUGUUUGUAAUAGUAUCCCAUGUGCGCUACGCAAUCGCAAACUUCAUUGCAGUUGGCCUUCGAAUGGACUAGUGAUGUGAAUUGUCUAUAUCUACCCUGGUGUCAUGUGCAUAGCAUGGCUGCCUGCACUAUUGUUGGGUGGAAGCUCACGCAUCAGCUAAUCAGCUGAGCACAGACAGCGUUGCUGUGGCCUUCAGGGUGUUUAAGUAGCUUGUAGCGAGCUUAUUCUAACAGCCUUUACCACGACAUUCUGUGCAUUCUCACGUAGUCAAGACUCGAAAAAGAAGCUAGAAUUAGUGAACUAGCACACCGUACAGGCCAGCUUUUUUUAGCUCCGUAAAGACGUCGGGUUUUGUACAGACUUCCGCAAAUGUUAUUGCUGACGUACUUUCUAGAUCGCUAUUAUUAUGGCAUAAAGAAACGUGUACAUAUGAUUACAAAGUAAUGUUUCUUUGAACGCCAUGCCUAUAACACCUUCGAAAUAGAUGUAUUAUCUGUAUAGAUAUUAAAUAGAGUUGUAUCUGUAUAAUGACGUAUAAUAAAGAGAAGUAAAAAACGAUAUAAAUAUGUGCUACGCGUUGUACACCAUAUCAAUCUUUUCAACAUAGUUUUUUGAAGCUGUAUACAGAAAGCUUAUUGUAUAGUUGGUUGUUUUCUGGAAGAAAGAUAUAUGCUGCUUUUUUUUAAUAAAAAACUAGCUUUUUCCUUUAUCUUGUAGUUCAAGCUUUUCCCGCUUGUGGCACCAGUUUUGUAACACUCCGAAGAGUGAAGCACUGUGCUGUGGUGUCUUUUUGUGCCUCUAGAAGCUCGAAUUGCUCAGCCAUGACUAAUUGAAAGCUCCAAAAUGUUCUGUGUGAAAGCAGUUACAUGCCCCGAAUUUUAUCGCUGCAAUGAUGACUGACGGAUGCUCGUAUAACUUCAUAUCAUUUAUUCUUUCUUUGUCGCUCUAAAUCCUCGAACCGUAUAUUAGAACCCAACAAUCUCCAGCAUUGUUACUAGCUAUUCCUAUAUGUUUCAGAAGAAAUGUUAGGAAGUAUAGACAGUGGAGUUUCUGGAGGACUGGUUGUAUUGGUGGCUGCCUUUAACUGCUUUGCCAUAUUAUGCAAGUGCCCUUUCUAAUGCCUUAGAUGCCACUACAGAGCUAGUUUUAUUACUCAUACAGGCAACACCAUUGUUAUAACGGCAGUAAAACGUAUUCUCGAACCACCAUUCAACCUUUGUGAACUUGCGUCUAUGGAUCAUAGCUAGUCUUAUCUUGCUUUCGGCCUUCGCACUGUACCUGUAAAUGACGUAACAAGGCAGUCGUUUCAUCCUUUUUUUUUUUACUGCCGAGUGUUAUAACUGUAGCGCAGGCUUUACUGUAGAAUGGUGCUUUAGAAGGUCGUUAGUAAAAAUGUAGCUAACUUGGGGAAGUUCAGCUCGGGAGCCCAAGUCACAUUUUCCUGUAGUUCUAGAUAGCAUUACACCCUUAAGGGAGUCUUUUUUUUUUGUCUCACAAGAGUUGUCCUCGAGGGUUAGCUUGCGUAUUCUUUUUUGAAAGCUCUCGACUUCCGUCACAUUUCUUCUGUCAGGAAUGCUACAUCACCCUGGUAACACGCAUCUCAUUGGUGACCUCAAAGGAAUGGGCGCCUUGUUGAUAAUGAUGAUUUUCGUGCGACAAAAAUACACCCCAAAUGGUGCAAUUUUCGAGCGUAUUUGAUUACGGAUGAUUCGCAAAAAUGCUUAUGCGAGACAACAGCUGGAUCCAUUUGCCCAGGAGACCGAAUUUACAUUCAGGCCUCUGCCUCAAUUAUUUCUUCUAAUCUAUAGAAACCCAUUAGUCCCAAAACUUUAAAGUGCAAAUACAACGAUUUAGAAGUCUCAUGAAGAGAUUAGUAGUGUAUAUGAAGCGCUGUUCGAAACACCUAUGCAUAGUUUUGUAUUCUUUAGAUGUAUCUUGAGGUGAAGUUUACAGAAAUGUAUGGUUUCUCAUCGCCGAGUUAAAAGUGCUAUGUCUAAGUUUAAACUUGUUUACUAUAGCAACUUCCAAUACUUCUGUGUUCAAAAAAUGAUGUGUUAAACUAACAUGCUGCUAUACAUUAACUGUUUCUUUGAAAUGCAACUACCAUUUUUUAAAUAAGGGGAAAUGUGAUUGCUGAAAAAAAAAAUUUGCGCUGGGUUCGUAGCUCCAGAGUAAAGGCUACCUCUUCAGAAGGAAAAAGAGAGUAUAUUUUAUGAAAGAAUGAAAACUUCCACAUCGAAUACACGCGAAUCGACGAUGCCUUUAAUACGGGGCCACUAUUUCUAUUGUGCUCUUUCCUGCGCCGUUUUGAAUUCAUCCCUAUCUUCGCUUUCUUUUUUUUUAUAGUGUUCUAUUUUUGUACGUUAUCAUCAUGCAUCACGAUGACACGUAACAACUGUGAACACAUGCUUUUAGCUUGCGACAACAACCCGCGUAAAAACCUAUUUAGAGAUGCGCUUACAACCCUUUUACUUUUAUAUAUUUUCAUUUUUGUGUUAAAUAUUGAAAAUGAAUUAUUUCUGGCACUGUUUGUCGUUAGUGACUCACGCUUCAGGUACUUCUUGUCUGAAGCUAUGUGAUUACGUUUUAAUGUUUAUUGUAUGAUUUGAAGCUGUUUAUGGACCAGGACAGGCUACCACAUGUCACGUGUUUCUGUAAAUAGCUCGUCUCUUAUAGACAGGUGGUGCUGUUGGUUUUCCUUUUUAUUGACUGGAUUGUUAUGCAAUGUUUCUUUACGCCACUGGUAGCCAGUAGAUCUGGAGUGUUUUGCUAGCGGCUUUUAUCUGGCAAAGCAUUACUGCUGAUUUUCUUUAAAUUUAGGAAUGCCUGUGUUCUUCACAGUCGAGUUCUUCAAACAUAACAUAUCAGAUAUGGCAUUCACGUUUACAGAUAUGAUUGCUACUUCUUUUCGAAAAUCAGAGAUUUACAAUUGGUCUUGUCAGUUCUUGCAAAAUAAAUAGUGGAUGCUUAUUGAAGUCAAUGUAAGUGGAAUCAUCGUGUAAAUGACAGAGAGAACUGGAGAUUAUUGGUGCAGGCUUUCGUCCUGCAUUAGAUGCAAAAAUUUCAAUGAUGAUGGUUAUGAUUAUUAUUAUAUAAUGAUUCACAGCGUGGUGUUCAUCUUACACUGUUGCCCCUAAAGUUUCUAGAAAACCUAAAGCUCCUUGAAAUGCUCAACCUCCUUGGUUGGAAAGGGAAACUUUAUAGAAAAUCGGAAUCCUAAAUUCAUGUCAAUUGAUGGUUGUGUUGAAAGAACUCUGCUGCGAAAGUUACAACUGAACUGGAAAAACUCCAGUGAACAGCUACUCCGUGGUGCCUAGUUGCCUAUGAAAAUUUUAGGACAUAACCUAUUUUGUCCAUUCAGGUGCACAUUCAGGUGUCCAUUCAGGUGCAGCCGAAUAUAAUGCCAGAUUACUGCUGGCAUUUUUUUUCCGUUCCUACUCCCAUCGUGUCUUUUGCCACUGAAUUCUGUAAUCCUUGUGUGUUGUUAUGGUAUUGACUGAUCUUGUCUGGGAUAGCAGGAUGCGUGCCAUCUUGGGCCUUUCUCAAUCAUUAAACACGAGCCUACGCACAUGCCCCGUCAUGCCAUUGCAAGUCAUUGGUUUUACAUUUCAUUUUAGUGUAUGCGUAUGUAUCUACGAAUGUAUGUAUGAGUGUAUUGAUACAUGUGGCAGAGUGCAUUUUGAUUGCCGAUGAAAAUGUGUUGACCAAUUCUCUCUUACCUCUUCCGGGGACCAGCUUUUUUGUUUUCUUUUCUUCUCAUAUAUCUUGUUGCCAUUGCAUCGACAGAGCGUUUAUGUUUCCUAUAGACGCGUUUGUUUCUCCAUUUUUAUUAUUAUUCUUUGUUAUGCGCAAACUGUGCACGUUAUUUUUUUUUCCUCUAUCUCAAGCGGGAUGUGCACAAUUUUUUUCCAUGUGUGUACAUGAUGAAAUACAUAAGAAUAUAUAUGAAAUGAUAUGCCCGAA